UCUAUUUUUACAGAACGAGAAACCCUAGCAGUCAUACGGCGUUCCUCUAAUCCCUAGUUUCUUCUUUCGUUCGUCUAAGAUCUCUUGCCUUCCAUCUCCACCCCACUCUCAGUUCUCCCAUGGUAGCAGCAGAUCAGCAUGUCCCCUCACCUUCAGCAACAAAUUAACUCUACAAACCGAAAUCAUCUGCUAGAUCUCUCCAUUUCGGCGUGAUUUGGAGAUUUCCAUGGCGCAUCGGUUGCUGAGGGAUCUGGAAGCUGAUGGGUGGGAACGCUCUGAUUUCCCCAUCAUCUGCGAAUCUUGCCUCGGCGAUAACCCCUACGUUCGCAUGACGAGAGCUGAUUAUGAUAAAGAAUGCAAAAUUUGCACGCGCCCCUUUACAGUUUUCAGGUGGAGGCCUGGACGUGACGCUAGAUAUAAGAAAACAGAGAUUUGCCAGACAUGUAGUAAGUUAAAAAAUGUAUGUCAAGUUUGCCUUUUGGACCUUGAAUAUGGCUUACCAGUUCAGGUUCGAGAUACUGCCCUGUCUAUCAACUCCAAUGAUGCUAUUCCGAAGAGUGAUGUGAAUAGGGAAUAUUUUGCCGAGGAGCAUGAUCGGAAGGCUAGAGCUGGUAUAGAUUAUGAGUCCUCAUUUGGUAAGGCACGGCCAAAUGACACUAUUUUGAAGCUUCAAAGAACUACACCGUAUUACAAGAGGAACCGUGCACAUGUUUGUAGUUUCUAUAUUAGGGGUGAAUGCACUAGAGGUUCUGAAUGCCCUUACAGACAUGAGAUGCCUGAAACUGGAGAGUUGUCCCAACAAAAUAUAAAGGAUCGAUAUUAUGGGGUUAAUGAUCCAGUUGCACUGAAGCUUCUUAACAAGGCUGGAGAAAUGCCUUCUCUAGAACCGCCAGAGGAUGAGAGUAUUAGAACCUUGUAUGUGGGCGGUCUAGAUGCUCGAGUCACCGAGCAAGAUCUUCGGGACAACUUUUACGCUCAUGGUGAAAUUGAAUCCAUCAGAAUGGUACUACAGCGAGCAUGCGCAUUUGUAACCUACACCACCAGAGAAGGUGCAGAGAAGGCUGCUGAAGAGCUUUCUAACAAGCUGGUAAUAAAGGGCCUCAGGUUGAAAUUGAUGUGGGGUAGACCGCAAGCGCCAAAACUAGAGACAGAAGGUUCUGAUGAAGCGAAGCAAGCAGCAGUGGCUCACAGUGGAAUGUUGCCACGAGCAGUUAUCUCACAGCAGCAGCACAGCCAGUUACACCCUCCGGGAACUCAUGAUCAACCUCAAACUAUGCACUACUUCAAUAUUCCACCACCACCACCUCCUGCAUCAUCGUAGAUCGAGACUUUGAAUUGCUGGGGCUGGCUUCAUCGAUUCUGAAAUUGAAUCCUUCACUUGGACAGGAUGGGAGGCGCAGGAUCUCUCACCACCCUUAUUAUGUAUGUUGCCUUUGCUGCCAUGACUUUUUUAUGUAAUAUGACUCUCUUUACUCAAACCGAGUGAGCAAUUUGGAUUUGCUACUUCCAUUCCUUUGUCUUUUUUGGAGGUGAAGUUUCUUUCUUGGUAGUUUAGUGAAAAAGUUCAGUUACCUUUUUAAUUCAUUGGUUGAUAUUAGUAAAAAUCUAGCAACAAGUUCUUUCAA